AUGAAUCCCCUGUGGAAAGUCUAUAAGAGUAAGGUCAUGAAGACCCUCAACCCGGACAUGGAGGAAGACGCGGUGGAAGAGGUCACUGAUGCUGCUGAAGAUAUUACGCCUAUCCAGUCUGAUGAAGGACCCAGUGCAAUGACGCAGCUGGCCAAGAGAAUGCAGGGAGCUGGAGCUAAAGGUUGGAAAAACGUUUCGUCUCUAUUCACCAAGGAUGAUGAACACCAACUUCUGGAGGCAGACAAUCAGCCAGCAGCAGAUCAUCCGCUGGCAGUGAAGCCCGAAGAGCCUCCUCGACUCAACAAGCGCAACACUGGAUUCUGGGAUAACUUUGCGACUAAGUGGCACCAAGCGGCUGCGAUGAGGCAAGCGGAGGCCGCGGAGGCAGGAGGCGAGGGCAGUGAGGAGGUGGGCAGCGAGAGCGGGGCAAGAGCAGAAGACGGAGAAAACCAGGUCGGGCAGGAGGCCGAGGCGGGCGACGGAGGCGGCACGGGAAACAGCUUCUCCAAAUACGCCACGCUCGGAGAAGAGAGUGAAGACACACCGGCCUUCAAGUGGAACUUUGUCACCAGCAAACUGGCUGAGCUGAAGACCAAAAGCAUGGCCAAGAGUAACUAG